GAGAGUCAGUCGCUAAGUGGGACAUUAGGAAAGGUGGUCGACAAAUAACAAAGCCCACUUAGAAACUAAGAGCUUUGGGAAUUGGGCCCCAGGGUUUUCUUCUACAGCUAUGGUAGCACCAAAUUUUCACGUUUAAAACCCGGUAAAACUUUUUCUUGUCUCCCAUGUGCCAGUGACAUCAUCUCAUAGUUCUUCCAGAUAAAAACUUGCACACACAACUACAUGUUACUAUCCUGCGAGGACCGUGUGGCGUGUCAUGAGAUGCCAAGGAUCAAAUCUACUGUACUGAACCGGUUCGUGGAUUUUUAGCGUCCCUGGAUUGAUGAAUGGGGGAACUGAACCGGAACGAAAACGAAAGAGCUUUAACCACAACCCGAAACAAACCGGCAUAUUUUUUUUAUUUUUUUUGGUUUGGCACUCUCGCCUACGAGACAGGCAUAUUGAUUUGUGGGUUUGCAGUUAGUGCCCCUUGAGCACAGACAAUUCUCAGCGCGAAACUUUCAGGAUUGAAUUCCGAAGUAUUCAGUUGAUUUUCACUUCUUGUCGCAGUGGAUCCACCGUGCCAGUAUGAAGCUCCAUGUGAUGUUAAUGGCUGCCGUAGCAACGUCUUUCGCUUUUGGUCAAAAUGUGGUCUACGGGCCCCCCGUGCUCGACCCAAGUAGCCAAGAGGGGCAAACGCAGCAACAGUAUCAGCAGCAGAACCAGCCUUUCAGGCAACAGCAAAAACAGCAGCAACAGCAGCAGCAGCGGCAGCAGCAGCGACUCACGUUCAAAAAAAAUGUGGCUCAAGCAGUGCUACAGAAAACAAAUCAAGAUGAAAGGUGCCUAAACGGUCGUUGCCAAGAAGUCACUUGUACAGCAAAGCGCAUCGUGCGGCUACUAAGACGACGUUGCAUACUUGCACCGACAGGAGCAGCAGAAAAAUGCCUAGAUAACCGAUGCGUUCGUUACAUCCUCGAUAAGAACGGCUGCAAUUAUGAAGAUCUUCCGACGUGGAUUUUCGACCGGGAAAUAAGGUCUUCGAGGAACUUUCCAGCUGUUUGUCAAGAGGGAACUAACGCCCAAAUUUCCAGUGCCCAAUCGUCGGCAGAAGCACUGCAAACACAGGUCACUCAAUCCCAACGCUAUUCUACAGCUCACACCAAAACGGCCCAAGCUCAACUAAAGCAGCAGUCUAGUUUGCAGUAUUCUGAAGGUCAGCAAAAACAACUGGCGCCUACAACAGGAGCUGCUUUAGAUUCUGCUUACAACAGUGGUGAACUCCGGUCACUGAUUAUACAAAGCCGGCUUGCGGAACCAUUGGCGUAUAGCUAUGGGAUGGUGUACCCACAAGUUCCGCUGUUCUUUGUUUACUUGACGCAGCCGUACGAUUUCACGCAAGGGCAAUACAUGGCAAAAGAAUCAUUGGAACAGUAUUCGCCGACAGGAUCGGUUGCUAGCAAAGGCGCCAUGCUUAAAGACCUUUUCGGUGACCAAGGGUUGGCCGUUAUAAGCGAAGCUAGCGCGCGGAAAUUCUCCACACCCAUUCUGACUUGGUCUUCGGGUAAACGGAUGGCCGCGGAAAAUCAAGGCCAGACAAAACGACGAGUGACAAGGGACGGAGGUUGGCAUGCCAGCGAACAAACUGCGGUCCAGAGCUACCAGCCCUUCAGCACGACGAGCGCAGGCCAGGCAGGACUGCAGGCCGAAGUCAAAAGUGCAAAGCUUGCCAAACUAGCGGCGUCAAGCCUAUCGGGAGCAGCCUCCGCCGCUCUCACGGAAGCGGCAGCGCAGCAGCAAACCCAGCAGCAGGUGUCCGGAGCGCGCGACGCCGCCGUCUCCUCCGGUGGCUUUUACCGCGAGGCAAAGCGCGAUUUCAGUCAGGUUGGUGCAGCAGACACGUCAGCGAGCCAACAAGAGGAGCAAGAGGUCAGCUCACAGUCCUCGCAGGAAGAAAUCGCUGCUCAGUCGAGCGAGCUAGCGGACGCGCAGCAACCUCUCCAAGAGGUGCCGAGCGCACCUGCACAGCCGAGCCUGUACAGUGAACAAGCCUCUGGACAGCAGACGGCCUCCUCAAGUGCCUGGAGCGGAGGUGUCCGCCGCCAGAAGGUGGCCAAACUGGGCGGCACGAAGGGAGGAGGCACGAAGGGCAUAAUGCGCACGCUGGCACGCAAGCACUCGUGGACGCGAAACAGUCUGGGGUAUAGUGGGUAGGCGGUUUUUUUUUAUUAUUAUUAUUUUUUGACGAAGAAGAAACGGGGCAAGGUAAACUACAUCCUCACGGUGCACACGAGUGCAUCCCGAUUAGCGAAUAAAUGUCCUUGUGCCCAGAG